GAACAUAGCCUUAAUCAGUGAUUCAGUGAUCAAGUAAUGGCCAGUGAUAAUAGAGUGUGAAUUAUUUUUAAAUAUAAAAAAAUUUCUAUAUGUAAAUAGAGAUACAGCUUAGUAUAUGUAAAAGUUUGCAUUAAAUAGAUUUGCAAAAAAGAUUACGUUCUGUAACCGUAAAUAUUUAUGAUAAAUCAGCAAGAAUUCUGUCACAUAACCUCAAUUGUGCAGAAAACCGUGCUAUAUGUGCUGUAUUAAUCAAAAUGAGUGAUUCCAUUAUAAAUAGUCCAGGUUCUAAGGCUCUCGAAGCUGCUAAGAAUAUAAAAGAUCUGACUAUUUUUAAAAAGCCUAUUAAAUGUGUGAGAAAGAACAAGAACAGUCAACCAAAGAUAUUGGAUGAAGAUACAUACAUCAAACAAAUGAGUCAAAUCAUACAACGGGAUUUUUUUCCACACUUGGAGAAAUUGCAAGCGCAAAAUCAAUAUCUGGAUGCUUUGGAACAAAAUGAUAUUAACAGAAUGAGAGAGCUGUAUGCUAAGUAUAGUUCUGGUCGACCUAUCACAGAAAGACCAGUUAGUCCAGCAACUUUCGAAACUCCACUGCAUAGAACUGAAUCAGAUGACUUACUAGGAUGCUCGGAAACAUCAUCUCAAAAAACAUUUGUCAAAUCUGUACAAAAAAAUAGUGAAACAGAAAGUAAAACUGGUUUGGAUGAUUAUUUGAGCACACAUACAAGUGAGGAUAACGCUAGUUUUGAAGAGAUGAUAAUUGAGACUGAGAAUAAAACUAAAUUAAAAUAUGCCUGGCUUUAUGAAGCAGAAGAGAAGUCAAAAGCAUGGCUUGCUAUUGAUAAGCCCUCGACCUUAGCUAUCGAAGGAUCAAAUUUGAGGCCUAAACAGGUAGAUAGUUGGACUUAUAAAAAUAAAAAUUACAUUAUGUAUAUUCCUGAUGGAGUGGAACUGACAGCUGAGGAGAAGAUAGAGUUAGCUAAGAAGAAACAGAGUGUGAUGCAUGAAAAUACAAGACUGAGGACAAAUCCGUUUAAUGAACAACAAAAUAAAGAAACUAUAAAUGAGUUGGCCAAGUCGCAAUCCAAAGCGAAUGAUGGCAAGAUUGGUGUGGAUGGCAAAGAGGUCGUCAAGAACAUGACACCGCGAGUAAAUGGAUAUAAUUUUGUGGUGACACCAACUCCAAGGCCAGGAGAAUGUGAAAGUCCUUUAAUGACAUGGGGUCAGAUUGAAGGCACACCAUUCCGAUUAGAUGGUGGUGACACUCCAUUGUUGAGGACUCUUCAGGGUUCUUCUUUCAGAAUAGCUGACCCGCCAAAAAGGGAACAAUUGGCAUUGCAGUUAGAGAGAGCUAGUGAAAAACGUAAAGACCGAAAAAACAAAGCCUUGGAAGCAGCUAGAAAAUUAUUAGCCACGCCGUCACCAAGGUCAACUAUAGAUCGUUUGAGCACAAUGUCUCCCGCGGCAAGAAGAUUAGCGACUCAAAAGCUUCGAAUAUCGAGUACACCCUCGCCUCGACGCACAGCAUUGGUGUCUAGGACACCGUCUGUAAACGUUAGGACACCUAGGACGCCACGUAUGAUUACACCGGUUAAACACACCACUUCUCAAAAAUUGGAAACGACAGUCACACGGACUCAAGGACCCGUACUCACCGAUAAUUUGCUUAAUCUACCUCUGCAACGACAACGAGCGUCGGAUUUCUUUAGAGGAGAAGAAAAAAGAGAGAGCAUUGAAACAGACAUGAAGUCCUUUUUGAUUCUGGAAAUUUUGCUCCUGGCGAUAGCGGCUACGUCCAUCGUCCAGGCACGCAAAGCAGAACAUACUUGCGGAAGUUUAGGCUCAGGUGUCAACGCGUGUAAAUGUGGAGAAGUAGUGGUGAAGGCAGCUAAAGUACAAAAACCAUUGUUGUAUGCGUCGCCAGAAGCAAUCAAUGAAGCUGCAAAAGCACGCGCAGGUCUUUCCAGAUAUAAUGUCUAUCAGGGAUGUGGUGCUGGAAAAAGUAGUAGCAGCAGUAGCAGCAGUAACACCGGCUAUAAGAGCAUCAGUAGCAGCAGCAGUAGCUCUGCAAGCGCCAUAUCUUCUAUCGGUAUCCAAGGAGGAUUGAGCAGUGGAAGCAGUCGUCUUCAGUCUCCUCUUUAUUCCGUCUCGGGUAGACAGACCGUUUCUGAUUCUGGUUGCGGAUGCGGAAAAAAAUCCGGAUCUCUUGCGGUUCAUGAUCUCUUGUCUUCUGAUACUCAUGGAGCUGUUGUGCCCAACUUUCCACCGAUUGGUGACUUGUGUUACCCGAACUCUCCUAGCAGCAGUUAUCAAAUGACCACCAAGGUGACACCGGCAUAUCCUGGCAAAAUCAAAUGCUCCCCUGCCAUUCCUUACGAAGUUUGUAUACAAAUACUCAACGGGCAAAUUGACGCGGAAGGAUUGAGAAAACUUAAUUUGGCGACCGCCAACGGUGCCAGCUUCACUGGUGGACACGGGUUGUUAAGCAGUGCAAGUGCAUCUGGUGCAUCAAGUAACUUUGGUGUUUCUAACGUAGGCAGUACAGUUUUCGGAAGAUCCGAUAGUUCGAGUAAUCUUGGAAGAUAUACUUCGAAUGUUGGUGGCUUCGCAGCAUACGGAAAACCAUAUGCAGGAUCAUACGCAGGUACAAGAACGGGUUUGGAUUUUGGAAUAAAUGGUUUAAAUGGAUACAAAACAUAUGGGAAUAGCUUUGGAACAACGAGCAGUUCACUUGAUGCAUUCCAAAAUUCAGCAGCAAGCCAAAGAUAUGGUUGUGAAUCUGCCGACUUAGAAUUGGCCCAGGAUUAUUCCUAUCCACGGUUACCAGCGGAUCCGGUUUCGCUCUCUUUGGCAUAUAAAAAUCUCUUUCCGCGUACCGUGUUGUACAAUAAGAGAUCGUUCGUGCCAGAAGAUAAGCUAGCAUUCGGUCACAGAACCGUGCCAAUCGAAUCAGCGCCUAGUAAGAGAGUGCCGGAUGUACCUGAAGAGAAACUUCAGAUUCUCGACAAGCCCGUCGUGGAACUGCAGCCAGUAUUGUCGACUCCUAUCUCCCUCGGCUGUUACGACGACGAGAAGGAGGAAGCCAAGUUGGCGGAACUUGAAGCUAUCGAGCGUGAAAGGAUAAAUCGACAAGAAAUCGUUGAACAGACGCAAGGAAAUUUCAUCACAUAUGGAGAUUUGGGAUACGCGCCAAUCAACACAUCACCAGGAAAGUACAGAACCUUACCAGUCGUGCAACCAACAGUCAAUGUGGUCGGUGCAGAAGAAGACGGAGUAAGUUGUGGUCCGGUAGGGCCACCGGUCCCCGGCUACGUUCCUGGCGGUAUUAUGAUCGAUCAAGAAAUUGUAGUACCCGAAGGCGGCGAAAUAGACGAUGACAUUCAGAGGGAUACCGAACAAGUGCAUUUUCUGGGUGGAGCUAGUGACGAAGAUGAUAUCGACGAUUCGACAUCUGGAAUAUUUGCCAGACUAAAAAGCACCGCUCGAAAAUACGGUUCUGCGUGUGGCAUUCCAUGAUCAUUUAGAAAAAUGCUAAAUGAAGAGAACUGUUCUCAUUGACAAUUCGCGAUCAUCGCAAAAUUAAUCUCGAUUGUAUCAAACGGAGACAUGGACAUUUUCUUGAAAAUCAUGCUAGUCCUAGUUCAAUGUCUUUGUAAUGUUCCUAUUGUUAAGAUAUACAUAAAUAUAAUAAUUAUACAAAAAUAAAAAAACGUUGAAUUUAUUUCACGA